AUGCCUCAGAAGCAUCACGAAUGGGUGUAUUCUGUCGGAUCUCCUAAUGUCCCUUCCCCCAGCAGUAGCAGUCUCAACCGCCCACCUCCCACACUGCUGUCCCUUGCUGUGGCUACUGCUGCUGCUGCUUGUGCCGCUGCUCUCCUUCUGCUGCACUCUCGGCUCUCCCGGACAGCAGCGGAACGUGCAGAGAGGCGUGCAGAGGAACAGGCAGGGAGGCGUGCAUACGAUGCAGGCCAUAGUGCAGGGAAACGGGCAGACACACAGGAAGGCACAUCAAUGGAGAGAGGGGUGAUGGUAUCAUCGGGUGCUGCGGGGGAUGGGGGGUUAGCAGGGGGCAUGGUAGAGAAAGUGACAGAGGGUUCAUCAGGCAAGGAAACUGACAGAAGGAGGGUAGACGAGAGAGCAGAGGAGGGGAAGGAUGGCCAGGAAGUUAGGACGGAUGGUGUAAGGGAGCGUGAUGGGGGUGGGGAGAGGGGUGGGGAGAGUGGUGGGGAGGGCGUUGGGGAGGAGGGUGGACGGGAGAGCGUUGAGGGGGGGGAUGAAUCUGUGUGUUUAACUGGUGAGUGGAGCGAUGGGAAAAGCACAGAGGGAAGUGCCAAGAAGAUGGAGGGGAGGGAAACGGAGGGGAGUGAACGGAGUGAGUCAGGUGGGCAAGAGUGGCUUGGACCAGCUGUGGCUGGAGGGGCGGAGAGCAGGGAGCAGGUGGGGAAACGGCAAGGGGGAGGGGAAAGGAGUGGAGGGGCGGUGGGACGAGGCGAGAGUGAGUCUCGCUUCUCUCACGCAUCACUUCUCCUUUUCCCUCCCUUCCACCAGGGCUUUAACUGGGAGUCACACGGCCAACCCCACGGCUGGUGGCGGCACCUAGCCUCCCUCGCGCCCGCCAUUGCUGCUGCUGGUUUCACGGCUGUCUGGCUGCCUCCUGCCUCUUCUUCACUCGCCCCUCAAGGCUACCUACCCAAGGACCUCUACCAUCUCGCAUCAGCAUACGGCUCAAAGGCAGACCUGCGCGCUCUCAUUGCUGCUUUCAGGGCCGCCCAGCCCCACACCGCCGCACCCGCAGCUGCUGCUGAUCCUUCUACUGCUGCUAAUUUCGCUGCAGUUGCUCCUAGUGGUUCUGCUUCUGUCGCUGCUGCUGCGUCACCCGCAGCCGCUGCCGCAGGCGCUGCUGCUGCCACUGACAUUAAUCCCGGCAGAGGGUUGGAUCAAGCAGCUGAGUGUGUGCCUGGUACCACUACUGAUGGCACUAUUACCUGCUGUGCUGACACUAAUGGUGCUGCCACGGGUAGUGCUGGGAACGCUGGGGGAGUGACUGCAGUGGGAGUGAGGGUGAUAGCGGAUUUGGUGGUUAACCACCGGGUGGGCAGCCUGCAGGGGGAGGGCGGGCUGUGGACUCGCUUCGAUGGCACGUCCAUGCCAUGGGAUGACACUGCUGUCACCUGUGAUACUGGCGGCAAGGGCAACCCCAGCAGCGGCAGUGUGUUCGAGGGGGUAUCCAACAUCGACCACUCUCAGCCGUUCGUGCGCCGAGACCUCACAGCUUGGCUGACGUGGCUCCAGGCUGACGUGGGCUUUUCAGGGUUCCGGUUUGACUAUGCCAAGGGGUACAGCGCGGCCUAUGUGCGGGGGUAUGUGCAGGGGGCACGCCUGCGCCUGUGUGUGGGCGAGUACUGGGACACCUGCAACUACAUCGGGCCGCAAUACGACCUGGACUAUGACCAGGACUCGCACCGAGGGCGCAUAGUGGAGUGGAUUGAAGGGGCGGGCAGGCUGGCAGCGGCCUUUGACUUCACCACCAAGGCGAUUCUCCAGGAGGCAGUGAAAAGGAAGGAAUGGUGGCGGCUCAAGGACAGGGAAGGCCGCCCACCAGGCGUGAUGGGCCUGCUGCCCUCGCAUGCCGUCACAUUUGUUGAUAAUCAUGACACCGGCUCCACCCAGGUGAAUGCAGCAGAUCCUCAGGUGUAUACAACAGACAUUCAGGAGAAAUCUGGUUCCAGAAAAUUCAACAUAGGCAUUGGCACUGCUUUCAUGUCCUUCGAGUCGACUCAAAAGUCUGCUGCUGGAAAGGGUUAUGCUUACAUCCUUACACAUCCUGGCAUCCCUUCAGUGUUUUAUGACCAUUUCUUCGACUGGGGUCCAGAACUGAAAAAUCAAAUCCAGCAACUGAUUCAUGCUCGGCGGAGGGCAGGCAUACAUAGCUGUUCUUCUAUCAAGAUACUGGCAGCAGAUGACAGCAGAUAUGCCGCCAUCAUUGGAGAAAAUCUGUGUGUGAAGAUUGGGGAUGGAGAGUGGAGCCCUGAUUCCAAUGAAAUAGAAGGGGUUUUGAAGUCCAGUGAUUUUGACCAGGGUGUCUCUGCCCCGCCAUCGCUCAUGGCUCUCGAAAUUCGUAUCAUCCGCGUUAGUGUCCGUUGCACGUCGGUCAGGCGUCGUUAUAUCGGGAUGGCGUGUUCUGUUUUCCUGCUGGCGCUCCUGACAUCGGGAACUCCGCCGAUCAGCGCAUUCGAGCAUGCUACUGGCGACAGCUACACGUUCAGCCAUUUCCACACGGAACGAGGAGCCUCCAACAGCUAUACUCCACUUGAGCUUCAUCUGGGGGUCAACAGCGUGGAUGUGUCAGACCCAGUAGCAGCAGGCGACGGUGCUGCCUCUGUGUGCAUCGCUCGCACGCGCCUCCCCGCCCGGCCGCGCUUGAGGGGCGUGUCUCGGGGCUUUCACGUGCUGAGAGUCACGGCCACUAUCCCUGCUGCGGGAAUGCCGCGCAGUGCCUUUGCCAGCGGUCCCAAGUUUGAAUUCUGCGUGCAUUGGAAUGCCUCGCAACCCCGAGGGGAGUGCCCAAGGGGGGCGUGGCGAGCAAUGGACCGGAAAUGGCGGUGGGUGGUUCUCCGGUCACCUUUUGAGGGCGCGUUCAUUGAUGUGAAACGAGAGGGCGGGGUCACUGGGGGUCAUGACGUCAGCAUCAAAGUGGACGAAGACCUGGAACCCCAUCGGGCGGUGUUUUUUGUCCUGGGGUUCCUGCUCAUGCUGCUGGCGGGUCAUCUGAGCUCCAUGGUGGCAUUCUACUAUGGAGGGGGCAUGACGCUGGGCGUGCUGCUCGUGGUCAUCGUCAUUCUCUAUCAGCUCUAUGGUGGCUUUCUAUCACGGAGGGGGCAUGACGCUGGGCGUGCUGCUUGUGGUGAUCGUCAUUCUCUACCAGGCGUGAUCAUAACGUACGUCACAGGGGCCGUCAAGACUGUCAUGGAGCCUCACCUGACGCAUGACCCUGCUCUUCUCCCCUCCACUGUCCCUGCGCUUCUUCCCCCCACCCGUUUCAACCAGAUGGGGUUCAUAGGGGUGAUCAUAACGUAUGUCACAGGGGCCGUCAAGACUGUCAUGGAGCCUCUGGGCCUUGGUGAUGAUGUCAUCUCUCCGGUGGUGGUGUUUGUGCUUGUACUGGUGGUGCUAAUAGGAGCAGCGCUGGGCUUCUGGGUGGUGCGGAAAUUCAUCCUCUCGCCUACAGGGGAGCUCGACCCCCCUACAGUGUCCUUCGUUGAAUGGGGGCUCAGAAUAAUCGCAGCUACACUGCUUAUCAUGAGUUCAGCCGAUGCCAUCAUAGCAACCGAGCAAGCAGCAGAGCAGGAAGGGGAGAUGGGGGGAAUGGGGGGAGUGGGGGGUGCCUUUUCUCCCCCCCAGCAAUACGGCACUCCCCCCCAGGGGCCGAUGGGAGGUGUGGGGGGAGAGCAGGGGUAUGUGACUCCUUCAAGGGGGGUUAAAGGGUCGCCUUAUGCGCGCAUGGGAACGCCCUUCCAGGGACCACCAGGCACACCAUGCACUCCUCUGCCCUCCUCCCCUCUCGCCCGCGCGGUGUGCCCCUCCUCCUUCCACCGCACACCCCACCGUCGCCACCUCACCCCGGCACAGGCAGCAGCCAUCUCGCACGAGUGCACCCAGGCGGCCCUGCAGGAGCUUGCCUAUUCCCCCGGGUUCGGGCAGUGGGUGUUGCAUAACUUUGACCGGAUAGCGAUUACCCCGAGGAUUCUGAGGGAGGAGCGGAGCGAGGGGGAGAUUGCUGCUACAGCUGAGAUGGAGGAAGGGUUUGAGGAAGAGGAGGGGUGA